AUGUUUGUUGAUUACUCAAGCCUUAGCCAAUUUACUGAAAUCAACACGAAUUUCGCCGACAGGUAUCAAGACCUCUUAUUUAUGGAGAACUUAGUCGGUGCAGAAGAUAAACUGUACUUUCUCCAGGUUCGCAAUGCAUGCUUCCCAGCUGUACAAGAACUCCAUAAGAAAGAUUUCAGGAAGAACAUCCACUGGAUCGAAUACAUUUUUGCACUAUGUGAAUCCAUACAACAAAUCAAAGAUUGUAUGGAAGAUCUUCUCCAAUGUCCCACCUUGUACAUGGUUGAAUUCGAUUUGCCUGGAUGUUCUUACGAAGAUUCAUGUCGCCUAUCUCCUCAUGAUCCGAUAAAGAAAAGUAUUGUGGAGGUCUAUACAUACUUAACACAUAUGCGGAGCAAGGUUACAAAUAAUCUCAGAAACCUGAUCAUUGCUCAAAAGCCUUUCCCUCCUUACUCCAAUCUGAGCCAUACUCAGAGACUACUUUUUGGCGACUAUAUUGCCAAUCAGUUAGAAGCAGUAAGGGCACGAACUGAUGUUUUGAUCAUUCCGAAGACCUUUAGCACCGUUUAUAUUAACCUAGUUUCUAAAAAUGGAUCGAUCAGAUCCGAUUUCCACGCCAAGUUUUAUAAAUGGGGCCCACCCGGUACGGAAAACACCUUGGAUACAAUUGAAGCUUCCAAAUUGAGGGCAGCCCCCAUCAGGACUCAGAUUAUAACGAUUUGGAGGGAAGGUUUACCUGAGUCGUCUCUCGAUUGCUACUCCGAUUAUCUGCAGGCGCCAGCAGUUAACAGGCUUAGCGAAGGCGAGACGACAAUUAUAUUGCAUGGGAUUCAAGAACGCUUAAGGCUACGGAACGAAAAAAUGAAAGCCACUUCAAAAACUGGAACUUCAAACCACAAUGCUCCUGACAAUAAUUCGGAUGCCGAACCAGCAGAUAUUUUCGAAAGGUUGUUUGGCUGUAGCGAACGCCCUCAGGAUCGCAAAUUAAGACGUAAGGAAAAACGUACUCGUGCUUCUAAGCAUGAGGAACAGACUAAAGAGACUCUUUGUAAUGCGCCGAAAGGUGUACUUAACGAAAGGAAUCCAAACGCCUUAAAGAUAUCUGAGACAGAAGAACUUUUGAGCAUUCAUAGGUCUUUAAAUGAUGUAUCUGCUAUCGAAAGUGAGAAAGGUUUUUGUGAAAACUUCUCAAUCCAAUCAAAAGACAUACACAAGUCUAACCAUUGCUUGCAUAGUAAAUUCGCCGAUAAUGCUCAGGUAGUUCCUAGCAAAAAUCAGAUUGAUUCAAAAAAUAUGCCCUAUCCUGAUGAAGAAGUUAUUCCUCUAAAGAGACCGCAAAGUCUUUCCAAUAAUGUACCUUCCAAGAUCAAUCCGGCGGUGACUGGAACAAUAAAUCACGAGCAAAUCAAUGUUAUAGAGAAUCAUAUCAAUUCAAAGGGCGGUCCCCCUUUGACACAUUCCAACAAGGACGUUGCCAUUGAGAGAGGUUUAAACACAGAAAACAUUGAACAUGAGCAAGAACAUUGUGUUCAACUCGAAAUCUGCUCAAAAAAUGAGUGUCCCGGUGACAAAAGCACAGUUAAUCAUGAAGGCUUUUCGAUGUAUGAAUUCAGCGAGGUAGCCAAAAAUAUGGAGCUUAUAAAGUCCCAUCAAGCUCAAGUUUCUCAGAAAAAUGAAUCUCUCAUAGACGGCGAUGUAAUCUCUCGUGAUACAUCUCAAACCUCGUUAAACAAAAAAUCCAUCCUUAACGAGUGUUCCCAUAAUAAAAAUUCCUGCCGUGAGCAAAGGAAUUCGUCUAGUGUUCAAAUAUACUCGAUUGAUUUUGAUGCUUCUCAGGAAAAUGAACUUAGAAGUGACAUGCUUUACCUAAAUAUUUCCCGAACAUCUUCUAAAAAUGUGGAUUCGAUGGAUUGUAUUCCUGACACUAGCAAGGCCACAUCUCCAACCAUCUCCAUGGAUGCUCCCUCAAUCCACAGCUGCGCGAAAUUCAAACAUGACGAUCUCACUAGUUCAAGAAUUGCACCUUCCGCGGGAACUGAUAUAUUUUAUCGGAAAAAUGCUGCUGGCCAUUCAAAUGAAGCCUUUCAUAGAAAUGAGGUUCCAAAGUUUGAAUGCACCUCCCCAUCUCCUUUAAUGAAUGCCUUCUUGAUAGAAAGUCGCUCAAAAGCGAUUAAUAAUUCUCAGACCCCUCCAAAAGAUUCUUCCUUCACGAACGGCUUCUUGCAUUUUAGGAAGGGCUCCUCACAUUUGGUAGAAGAUGCGAUGUUUGAAUAUAAUAAAAGCGGACACCCUAAUGAAUGCCAAACGGCUAAACCGCUUAUCUGCCCAUCUUUCACUUCAAGCAUAUGCCCGCCACGUCCCAUCGACUUGAAUAUGUCGAAGUAUCAGUAUAGUGCCUAUCUACCGCAAGCCAAUAACUCCAAAAACCCAGAGUUCUCUUUGAACAACCGCUCUAGCAGAAGGCAUUCUUCUAGGUUGCGGAAAUUUCACAUAUCCUCUGCCUUUUCAUCGCGCACACGAUCAACCGUGGAAAACACCAAAAUAAGCGAAGAAUUAGAUUACGAUGAGUUAGACCCGUUAUUAUCAACAAUUUCCUUUAGAAAAUUUCUCAAGCUGAAAUUUAGAAAAAUGAGAAAAGACAUGCAUUAUUACUCUGAUGUUGCCAAAUACUGCAUGCACGACUUUCGUGAAAAUCCUUAUGUAAUAGACUAG